GUCCAGCCCGCACCGCCGACCACCGUCGGCGAUGUUUUAUUUCCACUGCCCGCCACAGCUGGAGGGUACUGCACCCUUUGGCAACCACUCUUCGGGGGAUUUUGACGAUGGCUUCCUGCGUAGAAAGCAGCGCCGGAACCGGACCACGUUCACUCUUCAACAGUUGGAAGCUCUUGAAGCAGUCUUUGCACAAACGCACUACCCGGAUGUCUUCACGCGGGAAGAGCUGGCCAUGAAGAUCAACCUCACAGAAGCUCGAGUGCAGGUUUGGUUCCAGAAUCGAAGAGCCAAGUGGAGAAAAACAGAGAGAGGGGCCUCUGAUCAGGAGCCAGGAGCAAAAGAGCCUAUGGCAGAGGUGACACCACCUCCAGUGAGGAACAUCAACUCUCCACCUCCCGGGGAUCAGGCCCGGGGCAAGAAGGAGGUGCUGGAGGCCCAGCAGAGCCUGGGGCGAACAGUGGGUCCUGCAGGUCCUUUCUUUCCCUCCUGUUUGCCAGGGACACUCCUAAACACAGCUACAUAUGCCCAGGCCUUGUCCCAUGUGGCCUCUCUGAAAGGAGGCCCACUGUGCUCUUGCUGCGUCCCAGACCCCAUGGGCCUCUCCUUCCUUCCCACCUAUGGCUGCCAGAGCAACCGCACAGCCAGUGUGGCAGCCCUGCGCAUGAAGGCCCGGGAGCACUCAGAAGCUGUCCUCCAGUCGGCCAACCUCCUGCCAUCUACCAGCGGCAGCCCCAGCCCGGCCACCAAGCCAGCACCCCCGGACGGCAGCCAAGACAAGACCCCUCCCACCAAGGAACAGAGCGAAGGAGAGAAGAGUGUUUGA